AAAUCUUAAUGUUGCAAGAAAUCUCUUUGGGGAUUGAGCUGGAUCUGAAUGCUACAACUCUUAUCAGUUUGUCAGUCCUGUGAGAGAUGAUUUAAACCUGGGAAUCAGGGAAGAGAGCUGUGUAGCAAGGUGUAGGGAAAAGUGUACUUCUUGGCCCAAUUUUCUCAAAAGAUCAUUUAUAAAAAGUUGAACAAAUCUAUCACCAGAGAACAGUGGCAUCCAGAUGAUGAACAAGUAGCAAAGUGAUCAUUCUGAACAUCCCUGGUGUUCCUGUAACCUAUUUUUGUCUCCUCAGUACAAUAAUAGAACUGUUUACACCACAAGAAAGAGCAAAAUAAUGGUGUGGAUAGCCUCAGACUUCGAUACAAACCAUUCCCUUGCUUUCCUCGUGUGAGAAGUAACUUAUGCUUGUCAAGUAGGAAAAAACUACUGACUUUAUUCUGCCACCAAAAGCAUAAGGAAUUUAGUUAAAACAAAACAAAAUCUAUCCCCUUCAGGAAAAGAACUUACCUUCAACAAAACUGGAUGGGGAAGGGGCUGAUCAUUUGGCGAUUUUUUUCAGAAUUUUUUAGUGCUCUGUUUUUUUGUCAGUAUUUAUGUCUUCAUUUUAUCUUUCUAAUGAAAGUUGUGGAUUAGUAUUACAAGAUAGUGCAUUUAAGUGAAUAACUGUGUGCUUUGUUUGAAUUUUUUAAAAAAAAGCCAAGGGUGACUGUGUAACUUUCUUUGCCUUUGUAUGUUUCAGUUACCCAAACUGAAUCUUUCUGAAUUAUCGUUAAGUUUGGAGAGACUAAACAAGUUACUUUUCAUAAAUGAUCAAAGAUGGCAUCUCUAAGUUGAUGAUCCUAUCUGAAAGAAUGAAUCUAAGCAAAAAGGAAGGGAAAAGCAAAAACCAAGCAAAACAACUGCCUCUCAAAAAUUGUUUUUCAAUUUUAGAACAAAGCUCAGCCAGAGCUACAAAGGAUGGGCAAAAUCGGUUGGGUGGCAGUUAGUAUAUGUCCACAACUGCAGGUGCAGCCUCCAUAUCCUUAUUAGACCCCUUGGUUACAGACCCCAGUGGGACAAGGUAUGAAAAAUUACACUCACUGUCUAGGAAACUGGGAACUGAAAGUCCAAUAUCUGCCUCAGUGGAGUUCUGGCACCUGCAUUAUACCUUCUGGGGAUAUUAGGGCCAACAGCUGCACCAAGACUUUUUUAUUGUUCACAGAUUCUGCACAUUUAGUAAAAGGGUGGUUAGGGUAGAGUUGCUUCUAGACAUUACCAAGCACAUGGUACAUGUCGUUGAUAUCCAGAGCACUCCAUUGACUUAUGCAAGAACCCAGUUUAUAUGAACUCAUGAUGUAGAACCAAUCACCCCAAUUCACUGUGCAUCCAUUACACCUGAAAACUGGCAGAAAUGAGGGUUAUGGAAGGAGGACGUCAAGCACCCAGUGAGCUGCAGAAAGAAGCGAUGGCUACAGUGAUAUUGGAGAGCAUCUUUCUGAAGCGAUCCCAGCAGAAAAAGAAAACAUCACCUUUAAAUUUCAAGAAGCGCCUCUUUCUCUUAACCGUGCAAAAACUUUCCUACUAUGAGUAUGACUUUGAACGCGGGAGAAGAGGCAGUAAGAAGGGUUCAAUAGAUGUUGAGAAGAUCACCUGCGUUGAAACAGUGGUUCCUGAGAAAAAUCCUCCCCCUGAAAGACAGAUUCCGAGAAGGGGAGAAGACUCCAGUGAAACUGAGCAGAUCUCAAUUAUUGAAAGGUUCCCUUACCCCUUCCAGGUUGUAUAUGAUGAAGGGCCUCUCUAUGUCUUCUCCCCAACCGAAGAACUGAGGAAGCGUUGGAUUCACCAGCUCAAAAAUGUAAUCCGGUACAACAGUGAUCUGGUACAGAAAUAUCACCCUUGCUUCUGGAUUGAUGGGCAGUAUCUCUGCUGCUCUCAGACAGCCAAAAAUGCUAUGGGCUGCCAAAUUUUGGAGAACAGAAAUGGAAGCUUAAAACCUGGGAGUUCUCACCGCAAGACAAAAAAGCCUCUUCCUCCCACACCUGAGGAGGACCAGAUCUUAAAAAAGCCACUGCCCCCUGAGCCAACAGCAGCACCUGUCUCGACAAGUGAGCUGAAAAAAGUUGUAGCCCUUUAUGACUACAUGCCAAUGAAUGCAAAUGAUCUACAGCUGCAUAAGGGCAAUGAGUAUUUUAUCCUGGAGGAGAGCAACUUACCCUGGUGGCGUGCCCGGGAUAAAAAUGGGCAGGAAGGCUACAUCCCUAGUAACUAUGUAACUGAAGCAGAGGACUCCAUAGAAAUGUAUGAGUGGUAUUCCAAGCACAUGACUCGGAGUCAAGCUGAGCAACUGUUGAAGCAAGAGGGUAAAGAAGGAGGCUUCAUUGUUAGAGACUCCAGCAAAGCUGGAAAAUAUACUGUGUCUGUGUUUGCGAAAUCUACAGGGGAACCUCAAGGGGUGAUACGCCACUAUGUCGUGUGUUCCACACCUCAGAGCCAGUAUUACCUGGCUGAGAAGCACCUUUUCAGCACUAUCCCUGAGCUCAUUAACUACCAUCAGCAUAACUCUGCUGGACUCAUAUCUAGGCUCAAAUAUCCAGUGUCUCAACAAAACAAGAAUGCGCCUUCCACUGCAGGCCUGGGAUACGGAUCAUGGGAAAUCGAUCCAAAGGACUUGACCUUCUUGAAGGAGCUGGGGACUGGACAAUUUGGAGUAGUGAAGUACGGGAAGUGGAGGGGCCAGUAUGAUGUGGCCAUCAAGAUGAUCAAAGAAGGCUCCAUGUCUGAGGAUGAGUUCAUUGAAGAAGCCAAAGUCAUGAUGAAUCUUUCCCAUGAGAAGCUGGUGCAGUUGUAUGGCGUCUGCACGAAACAGCGCCCCAUCUUCAUCAUCACUGAGUACAUGGCCAAUGGCUGCCUCCUGAACUACCUGAGGGAGAUGCGCCACCGCUUCCAGACUCAGCAGCUGCUGGAGAUGUGCAAGGAUGUCUGUGAAGCCAUGGAAUACCUAGAGUCUAAGCAGUUUCUCCACCGAGACCUGGCAGCUCGAAACUGUUUGGUUAAUGAUCAAGGAGUUGUUAAAGUAUCUGACUUUGGCCUGUCCAGGUAUGUUCUGGAUGAUGAAUAUACAAGCUCAGUAGGCUCCAAAUUUCCUGUCCGGUGGUCUCCACCAGAAGUUCUUAUGUACAGCAAGUUCAGCAGCAAAUCUGACAUUUGGGCUUUUGGGGUGCUGAUGUGGGAAAUUUACUCUCUGGGGAAGAUGCCAUAUGAGAGAUUUACUAACAGUGAAACAGCUGAACACAUUGCCCAAGGCCUACGUCUCUACAGGCCUCAUCUUGCUUCGGAGAGGGUAUAUGCCAUCAUGUACAGCUGCUGGCAUGAGAAAGCAGAUGAACGUCCCACUUUCAAAAUUCUUCUGAGCAACAUUCUAGAUGUCAUGGAUGAAGAGUCCUGAGCUCACCAAUAAGCUUCUUCGUUAUACUCCUCUCCUCCACAAUCUCAAUUUCACUUUCUCUGAGGAAAUCCCAGGCUCUUCGUGCCCUUGCUGAAUACACAGAGGCCCCUCUCCACAUAUAGGAAUGCCUUUCUAUCUCUUCCCUGGGAUACUAUUAAUACAUUCUGAGCAAAGGCCAAGGUAUUUUUGUGCCUGGUAUUUCCCCCCAGAGAGGAAAUUUCCCAAAAGUAUUAAAACAGACUGAAUGUGGGAUUGAAUCAUUUGGAGGGAGGGAGGGAUGUAAAUAGCCUCACAAUGGGGGUCCAACAGCUCUUUGGGUAGGCAAUAGAGCUAGGGGGGAGGGAGGUAGAACUUGGCAGGAAUAAAAUGGUGUCAUAAAAAUGGAAGGGGAGGGUGUUUUGAUAAAAUAAAAUUACUGGAAAGCA